AUGGGCGCUGGCGGCCCGCGGCGGGGUGCAGGCCCCCCGGAUGGUGGCUGGGGCUGGGUGGUGCUGGGCGCCUGCUUCGUGAUCACCGGCUUCGCCUACGGCUUCCCCAAGGCCGUGAGCGUCUUCUUCCGGGAGCUCAAGCAUGACUUCGGGGCAGGUUACAGUGACACGGCCUGGGUGUCCUCCAUCAUGCUGGCCAUGCUCUACGGCACCGGCCCCUUGUCCAGCGUCCUCGUGACGCGCUUUGGCUGUCGCCCGGUGAUGCUGGCCGGCGGGCUGCUGGCCUCGGCGGGCAUGAUUCUGGCUUCCUUUGCCUCGCGCCUUCUGGAGCUGUACCUGACAGCCGGGGUGCUCACAGGCCUGGGCCUGGCUCUCAACUUCCAGCCUUCGCUCAUCAUGCUGGGGCUCUACUUUGAGCGGCGACGGCCCCUGGCCAACGGGCUGGCCGCGGCGGGCAGCCCCGUGUUUCUGUCCGCGCUGUCGCCUCUCGGCCAGCUGCUGGGGGAGCGGUUCGGCUGGCGCGGCGGCUUCCUGCUGUUUGGCGGCCUCCUGCUGCACUCCUGCGCCUGCGGGGCCGUCAUGCGGCCGCCCCCCGGGCCCCCGCCGCGCCCGGACCCCACGGAAGACAACGCGCCUCCCGGUGGUGGUGGUGGCCGCCGGGCUCGCCGCCACCGCCUGCUGGACGUGGCUGUGUGCACCGACCGCGCUUUCGUGGUGUACGUGGUCACCAAGUUCCUGAUGGCGCUGGGGCUCUUCGUGCCGGCCAUCCUGCUGGUGAACUACGCCAAGGACGCGGGCGUGCCUGACGCCGAGGCCGCCUUCCUGUUGUCCAUCGUGGGCUUCGUGGACAUCGUGGCGCGGCCGGCGUGUGGUGCCCUGGCGGGACUGCCGCGCCUGCGGCCCCACGUCCCCUACCUCUUCAGCCUGGCCCUGCUGGCCAAUGGGCUCACGGACCUGAUCAGCGCGCGUGCGCGCUCCUACGGCACCCUCGUGGCUUUCUGCAUCGCCUUCGGCCUCUCCUACGGCAUGGUGGGCGCCCUGCAGUUCGAGGUGCUCAUGGCGACCGUGGGCGCGCCCCGCUUCCCCAGUGCGCUGGGCCUGGUGCUGCUCGUGGAGGCCGUGGCUGUGCUCAUCGGACCACCCUCUGCCGGCCGCCUGGUGGAUGCUCUGAAGAACUACGAGAUCAUCUUCUACCUUGCUGGCUCUGAGGUGGCCCUGGCGGGAAUCUUCAUGGCCGUUACCACCUUCUGCUGCCUGCGCUGCUCUCAGGACACCCCGUCGGGCCUGGCUGCGGAGGGAGGGACCAGUGACACGGAGGAUGUGGAGGCUGAGAGGGACUCUGAGCCAAUGCCUGCUGGCACUGAGGAGCCUGGCGGCCUGGAAGUUUUGGGCCAGCGGCCUGAGUCCCCCGGACCAACGCCAGAGGGGGAGGCACCGCCUGAGCUGGUUCACGAGUCUGUGUAGCGCAUCAGGCAGGUGGCCGGGAGGCAUGAAAGCGUGACUUCCCCUCGGAGGGGCAGGUACAUGGGGAGGCAGCCUGGGGUGGUCCCUUGGGUACCUCAUCCGCCUGGCCUCGUUCCCAGUGAGGCUGCCACGGGCUGGCAGGAGCGCAUGCUCAUAAAGGCCCACCAAAAGA